AAAUCAAUUAUCGUAAAUUAAACGUAUUCUAAUUAAUUAUCUACGUUCAUUGUUAACUAUUGCAUAUUUUACAUCUAUUUAACAUUCGAAUUGUUGUCAAUCGACCUUACUUUUCGUGCAGUUUAGUUUGGAAGUUCGGUGGAGAUGGUGAGCAAUAUUGUGAUUUUCGGCUCUACGGGCCAAACUGGCAUUUGUGCCGUAGAGGCCGCGGUUAAAAAAGGUCUGGAAGUCCGCGCGUUCGUCCGCGACCCGGCGAGGCUCCCACUCCACCUACACGACAAAGUUGACAUCUACCAGGGCAAUGUGUUGGAGCCUGACUCUGUCAACGAGGCAGUGGAGGGCAUGGACGCCGUCGUCAUCUGCUUGGGCACCGGAAACAACCUAGAAGCCACCUCUGACAUGUCAGAAGGAACCAAGAACAUCUUGGACUCGAUGAGGGGAAAGAAUGUGAAAAUUGUCUCGGCGUGUAUGUCUUGUUUCCUCUUGUACGAACCGGACAAGGUCCCCCCAAGGUUCAAUGCGGUAAACGAUGACCAUAAGAGGAUGUACCAGGCGCUGAAGGAGAGCCCGUUGAACUAUAUUGCUGUUUUCCCACCCCAUAUUGCUGAUGAACCGAGCAGGGAGAAGAUUAUCGAAAUUAACCCUACUCAGUCUCCGGGCCGCAGCAUCAGCAAGUGGGACCUUGGCGCGUUCAUGGUGGACUGCCUGAGCGAGCCCAAGUACUACCGCAGUGUCAUCGGCAUCGCGAAUGUGCCUAAAGCUUAAGACUACCCGAUAGGCAACAACCAUCCCAAGCAACACAAUAGCAUUGUAACAGCUGUAUAACUAAAUAUAAGAUUCGAUUUAGCUAUUAAGUUGCUAGGUUUGAUUUAAGUAAACUACUUGUACUGCGGAAUCUGGUUCGACAUUUAAAAAAAUAAUAUUAAAAGAAGAUAUAUUUUGUGACUGAAAAAAAAUACGAAUUUCACUAACACAGUGCUCAGAAUGAAGGAAGGAAACACACUUAUAUUUGGAUUUACUGUAUUUAUAAAUAAAUAGUCUUAGAAUAUCUUGAGCCGUGCCAUAUAUUGGCCCCGAUUCCUGCAGACAUCUCUUAAUUUUACUUUAAGUUAUACCUGUCAUUUUCUUAUCCGCCGAAAAGGAAAGGGACGGAUGAUUGACAGCUCUUAAUUUUAGGAAGAAUGAGUAAAUAAAUGAAUAACCCGGGCGAAUUUUUAGACGGUUGUUUUAGAUUUGUGCUUAAAAUUGACGUGUGUUCCAUAAAUUUUAUGCUUGUCGAUUACCCGUCCCUUUCCUUUUCGGCGGAUAAGAAAAUGACAGAUAUAACCUAAAAUAAAAUUAGAUGGUAUUUACAGGAAUUAGCACCAUUAUGCAUACAAUCUUAAAUUGUUUUAUUGGAUAAUUUAAAUAAAAAAAAUAUUACUUUAAAAAAGCUUUUUUUUAAUUGGAUAUUUCUUUCAUUUGAGAAAAAGUUCGUUACAAUAUUUUUUAAAUGUUGUGCCGGAUUCUGAACUUGAGCAUUUUUAACACAUUGUCCCGAGUUCUUAAUGAUGAAGAGACAUCGAAGAAGUCGCGCUCACGGUAGGACUCAAAUUAAGAAUAAUUGAAUAAAAAACUGUUAUAAUCUUUUUAGUUAAAUAAAUAAUGAGAAUGUUUA